GCCCUGCACCUCCCCGGCGCGCGCCCGCCCGCUCGCUCGCCCCCGGCUCCUCCUCCUCUUCUCGCCAUUGCAGUUGGGACUGAAGCAGCCCCGGCGAAAACCGCGUGGCUUUUUUUUUUGAAGGGGGUUGUGAAGACUCCGGAAGGCUGGUGGCAGGAGGGCGGCGGCGGCGCCUGAGGACGAAGGACGGGAACGCCAAGAUAGUUGAAGUAUUGGUAACACCAAGGAACUGUCACAAUUUGAAAAGAUAAGCCAAGGCUGAUUUCCAGACACUACAGGAAAAAAGGAGGGGAAAAUGGCAUUGUAUCAUCAUCACUUCAUCACAAGAAGAAGAAGGUUUUCACAUUUCCAGCGUCCCAUGAGAAUUUUUGUGAAUGAUGAUCGCCAUGUGAUGGCAAAGCAUUCUUCAGUGUACCCAACACAAGAGGAGCUGGAGGCUGUACAGAACAUGGUGUCCCACACUGAGCGGGCCCUCAAGGCUGUCUCUGACUGGAUUGAUGAGCAGGAGAAAGGCAACAGCGAGCUCUCUGAAGCAGAAAAUAUGGACACACCCCCAGAUGAUGAGAGCAAAGAAGGGGCUGGGGAACAGAAGGCGGAACACAUGACUAGGACCCUGAGGGGCGUGAUGCGGGUCGGCCUGGUAGCCAAGGGUCUUCUGCUCAAGGGGGACUUGGAUCUGGAGCUGGUUCUGCUCUGUAAGGAGAAGCCCACAACCGCCCUUCUGGACAAGGUGGCUGACAACCUGGCCAUCCAGCUUACUACUGUAACAGAAGACAAGUAUGAAAUACUCCAGUCUGUGGAUGAUGCUGCGAUUGUGAUAAAAAACACAAAAGAGCCCCCCUUGUCCUUGACCAUCCAUCUGACCUCCCCUGUUGUCAGAGAAGAAAUGGAGAAAGUAUUAGCUGGAGAAACGCUAUCAGUCAACGACCCCCCGGACGUUCUGGACAGGCAGAAAUGCCUUGCUGCCUUGGCGUCCCUCCGACACGCCAAGUGGUUCCAGGCCAGAGCCAAUGGGCUGAAGUCAUGUGUCAUUGUCAUCCGUGUCCUAAGGGACUUGUGUACCCGAGUGCCCACCUGGGGUCCUCUCAGAGGAUGGCCUCUGGAGCUGCUGUGUGAGAAGUCCAUCGGCACUGCCAAUAGGCCAAUGGGUGCUGGUGAAGCCCUGCGGAGAGUACUGGAGUGCCUGGCUUCCGGCAUCGUAAUGCCAGAUGGUUCUGGCAUUUAUGACCCUUGUGAAAAAGAAGCCACUGAUGCUAUUGGGCAUCUAGACAGACAGCAACGGGAAGAUAUCACACAGAGUGCGCAGCAUGCUCUGCGGCUUGCUGCCUUUGGCCAGCUCCAUAAAGUACUGGGAAUGGACCCACUGCCUUCCAAAAUGCCCAAGAAACCAAAGAACGAGAACCCGGUGGACUAUACUGUUCAAAUCCCCCCCAGCACCACCUACGCCAUCACACCCAUGAAACGCCCUAUGGAAGAAGAUGGGGAGGAGAAGUCUCCCAGCAAAAAGAAAAAGAAGAUCCAGAAGAAAGAGGAGAAGGCUGAGCCUCCCCAAGCUAUGAAUGCCCUGAUGAGGUUAAACCAGCUGAAGCCAGGGCUACAGUACAAGCUGAUCUCCCAGACGGGUCCUGUUCACGCUCCCAUCUUCACCAUGUCUGUGGAGGUAGACGGCAGUACCUUUGAGGCCUCAGGGCCAUCUAAAAAGACCGCCAAGCUACAUGUGGCUGUGAAGGUGUUACAGGACAUGGGCUUGCCAACAGGCGCUGAAGGCAGAGACUCCAGCAAGGGGGAGGACUCUGCUGAGGAGUCAGAUGGGAAGCCAGCAGUAGUGGCCCCACCCCCUGUGGUGGAAGCAGUCUCCAACCCCAGUUCUGUCUUCCCUUCAGAUGCCACUACUGAGCAGGGGCCGAUUUUGACUAAGCACGGCAAGAAUCCUGUAAUGGAGCUUAAUGAGAAGAGACGUGGCCUCAAAUAUGAGCUCAUUUCUGAGACAGGGGGCAGCCACGACAAACGGUUUGUUAUGGAGGUUGAGGUGGACGGACAGAAGUUUCAAGGUGCUGGCUCAAACAAAAAGGUAGCAAAGGCUUAUGCUGCACUUGCUGCAUUAGAGAAGCUUUUCCCUGACGCCCCUCUUGCUCUUGAAGCCAACAAGAAGAAAAGAGCCCCUGUGCCUGUCCGAGGCGGACCCAAAUUUGCUGCCAAGCCACACAACCCUGGCUUUGGCAUGGGAGGCCCCAUGCAUAAUGAAGUGCCCCCACCUCCCAACAUCCGAGGUCGGGGCCGAGGAGGUAACAUCCGAGGGCGAGGACGGGGGCGAGGAUUUGGUGGCACCAACCAUGGAGGAGGCUACAUGAAUGCUGGCGCUGGAUAUGGAAGCUAUGGGUACAGCAGCAAUUCGGCCACAGCAGGCUACAGUGACUUUUUCACAGACUGCUACGGCUAUCAUGAUUUUGGGGCUUCCUAGAGCGUCUAAAAGUAUUGACACAAAAUCAACUUUUUACUCCAAUUUCCUCCAACUCCAAAACCCAAAGUGUCCGUGCUGUGUCCCUGUGCUUCACUGGGGUUCUCAACCGUGGCUUUCCACCGCAGCCUGUCUGAAACUGUUAGCCUGCAGACUUAAGACAAUGGCAGUUUCUAUCAUGAGUUUGCCUUUGAACUUGGUCAUUUCGAAGUUCACACUAAGUGGAAAAACCCUUUUCUCAGAGAAUUUGUGUGUGUGUGUGUGUGUGUGUGUGUGUGUGUGUGUGUGUGUGUGUGUGUGUGUGUGUGUGUGUGUGUUGCACAGAAUUCUAGAGCCAGCGUUGUUCAGCAUCAAGGCAAAAGCCCAUCAUUGCUUUUUAUGGAAAGCAUUCUUUUAUUUAAAGAAACAGAUAAUGGCACGUUUUAAUCUACCUUUGUCUUAAUUUACAGCAGGUUUUGUAUGCAUUUUUAACCUUUUCACAAGUUUUCACAUCUGGUUGAUGCCUUUGGCAGUGAUGAAAACUUUCAGCACAUCUGAAUCCACAGCAGCUGACUUUUUUCCUUGCCUUUUUAAUGAGCAUGUAAACCUCUGGGAUGGCCAGAACUUGUGUACUGCGUAGAGCAGGGCCUCCCACCUUUUGUAAAUGCUCUGGUGGGUCCUUGGGGUGAGGAGGUUCUGUGGCUGCUUUAGUUAAGAGAGUGAACUUGCAAAGGCAUCAAAACUGCGCUUCCGUUACUUGUGUGAGAAAAGAGACAGGCUUGAGAGGAGGGAAUAACGUAAAAUUUUGCAAGUCCUCAUUGCAGCGUGGACUCCUGGAUUGGGUUUGGCUUUGUUUUCUUUUUCACAAUGGGGCUUUAAAACUGAGCUGGAGGAGCCUGACACAUCCCACCCUUUUUUUUCCCCCAGCAAAUUGCUGACUUUGGCCCCACCAGGGUCUAUACUGCCUGGCACACAGACACUGAAUCUGUGUGCCUAGAAUUUGUCCCAGUGUGUAAAGUACAGGGUCCCUUUUUUUGGUGGGGAGCCUUGUGAUACAUUGUGGUUAGGCCUCUGCUUUGUAGUUUUUGCUGCAGAUUUGCCCCUGCCUUGACUUGCAAGAUUUGACGUUUAUUCAGGCAAAAAGUGGUCAAAAUGGUUACUGUGUGAUUUGUUCCCCAAGGUUUAAAAAGUCAGUGAAACUUUCUAAGAUUUUGCAUGAUGUAUUUUAUUUUAUUUUUAUUUUUUAGAAAGUUCUUGUUGGCAAAUAAUGUCUUUUUAUACCAGGAAAUAGUUCUGAAUGACGUUGAAGACCUUCCCUUCCUUAUUACUAUUAUUUUUUAAAUGAAUACAUGUUAAAGUAAUGAGCCCUCC